UGGUACAUCAGGCCUACAAGAUUCAAGUGUACGACGAGUUCGUGAUCCGCGAGAAUACAGCUGUCAUGAGGUGUCAGAUCCCGACGUUUGUCCGCGACUACGUCCACAUCAUAUCGUGGCUUAAAGACGAUAAGGUCUUAAUUACCAGCUCUGCCAACAAUGGGUUCGGUCGAUAUAUAAUCCUCGGGAGCGGAGAAUUGCAAAUAAGAAAUGCAUCCAAAGCUGAUAUGGGAUCGUAUCGGUGUCAGACCAGACAUCAACUCACUAACGAAGUGCUCACCUCCUCUAUAGCCGGCCGUCUUAUAGUGACAGAACCGCACGGGACUAUUGCGCCCAGAAUUUGGAGCCACACUCAAGUCAAGUGCUUUGAGAGCGAUCUCUGCGAACUGCCCUGUGUUGCACAGUCCUGGCCACCACCUAAAUACAGAUGGUAUAAAGAAGAGGAGUCGGCCUUAUCUGCAGUAGUGAUGGGCACUCAUGUGCACCAAUUUGACGGAACACUUCUCAUAUCAGAGGUCUGGCCGUCAGACUCAGGCAAAUGGGUUUGUGUGGCGAACAACACGUUGGGUGAGGAGAAAGUGGUCAUCAAAUUGGUGGUCAUCUCGACCAUUGGCGUACAUAUCGAACCGCAGCGAUUGGUGGUUGACGUGGGAAAGUCGGCCACAUUUAACUGCUCCGUAAGGGGCGGACCUAUUAAUCUACCCGUGAUUUGGCUCAAGGAUGGCCUGCCUUUAAUCAGAGAUCCAUUUAGUGGUGGCGUUGGACUCAAUUUGGACGAUAGGAUCCGAUUGAUUGACUCAAACGUCUUAUAUAUACGUUCUGUUAUUAGAGAAGACUCCGGCUCGUAUCAAUGUCUGGCUGAGUCGGAGUACGACUCGUGCCAGUCGUCGGCCGAACUCAAGUUGGGAGACAUCGCACCCGUCAUACUCGAGACGUUCAAAGAUGCCAUCAUUGAGUCGAGCACUUCGUUGUCGCUCCGGUGCACAGCCUCUGCCACACCGUUGCCGCAGAUUAAGUGGUUUUUGGACGACUGGCCGGUGCCUAACUUCGCCCGAUUCCGGGCCGGCGAUUACGUGACGCCAGACGCCAAAGUCGUCAGUUAUGUUAAUAUCACAUCCACUCGAGUGGUCGACGGCGGGGAAUACAAAUGUGUGGCGAGUAAUGAUGUGGGACAGGCCAGUCACACGGGUCGCGUCAGCGUAAUUGGCAGUCCGGCACUGCGAUCGAUGUGGACCUCGAAUAACAUAACUGUGGUGUCCGGCCAUUCCAUAGCACUGGGCUGUCCUGUAAUUGCAUAUCCAAUUGAAUCCAUUUCGUGGGAACAUAAGGCCAAUACGUUGCCAGUGAAUCACAGACACAAAAUUGAGCCAUUAAUGAACGGAGUCGGAGGCAAAUUGCAUAUCAGUGUCGUCCAUAAGGCACUGGAUGCUGGCGAGUACAUCUGC